CUUGUACCUGUGGAGAUGCCUGACAAAAUCUGUGGUUGCUCACCAGAGUCAUUGAGGGUUAGUCCAGGAAAGACUGUUGCUGUGGUCACAAUGAAUGGACGACAUGAUCUAAGCAUGCCCGAGUUAAUUUGUGAGGCAUGCCAAGCCACUUGGACUUCUGGAGUCGCUGACCUAAACAGAAGUGACUACUGGCCUGCAACCCUUCAAUUUGCCACAGUUUAUGCCACAGAUGUCUUUUUUUCAUUUGAAGAAAUGAAGAUGGCGGCACCAGGACUGUCCUGCCAAGCAUUUUUAAGAAUGCUGAAUCAGCGAACUGUCCGCUUUGGUCGUGUGACUACUUAAUUUUGAUAUUUGUUGAGUUGUGGUUUGAUAAACUGUUUGAUGCUAAUUUAUUUGUUGUACAUUAUUAGCUGUUGGUUUUCUUGUUUUUAAUAGACUGGCAAGAUCUCAGCAGACAGUUUUCUGAAAAGUUGUUUUGAGUGGGAGGCUGUGCGAUUUGAGUUGGACAAUAUGUGCAAGGAAGAACCCUUUAACUGUCCUGCGUGCACCCCUGAAAUGCUUGCAGUUUCAGUUGAUGGAAACCGCAAGCAUUAUCGUUUCAAGAAUGCUGCUAGAUCUGAGGAACAGGCCAUCUUUGAAGACGUCUUCAUUGCCAAGGAUGAAGACGUGAAAAGAUUUGUGGACCACAUUCACAACACAACCAAACAUGUCAGUGGAAGAGGUGUUUGUGGAGGUGAGUGGUCAGCAGCCAGAGAGACCUCACAAAGAUCUUCCAGCAAGGUAGACGAGGAGGGAUUGGAGCUUGCGGUGUGUCGGCACGGUGUCCUGCUCUCUGCCUUAAAUAUGAAUAGGGGGGAAAUUUUUGCCUAUCCCCUGUACCUGCAAGAAAAGCUGGCCAGUAGGCAAAUCACUUUUUUUUUGCAUGGAUGUGACCUGCAAAUAUUGGCCCUACCUCCAAAGAGUUGCGAAAAGCUGUCCAGAGCUCCAGCACCUUCUGAACAUGAAGCCUUUCCUUUCGGUAUUUCAUGCCAAAGCCCAUGAUUUUAAAUGUGAGGUGAAAUGGAGUGGGGCAUAUCAGGAUGGGGCUGGUCUAACACUGGGGGAGGAGGUGGAACAGUGCAAUGCCUUCCUCUCUAGGAUUGCAGUGACCACAAAACAUAUGUCAAAGGCAGGACGCACAGACAUGCUCACUCUCAUGGCCAUGCGCUGGAAUCAGCAAAAGGUUAACAAUUUGGCAAUCUCACUGACCCGCCGAUAUCAAAAGACCACAAAAUCUCUGCAAAGCCAGUUACAAAACCUAAAGACCAUGAAAGCCCAAUUGACAGUGACAGCGAGCCAAUUGGAAGACUGGGUGAAUGAUGUAAAGGAUUGGGCUGACGCAACAACAGCAACAACAACUACGAAUGAUGCUGAUGCCCUGGCCAGCAGAAUUGAGGUGCUGGUAGCCAGUAUCAAGAGACGUUCCCAGCGUCUCUAUAAAGAUAACGAUGGCAACAAAGGUCGAGCCAGAAUCCGCCGCAAGAUCAGGGAGGAGAAGGGAAUCCUGACAUCUGUUGUGGAGAAAUACAACAGAAUGGUUCCAAUCACAGAAACUCUUUGCCUAGACACCAUUUUGUCUGGUGAGACAGCUUGGCCAUGGCAGCUCCCACACAGUGACUCUGUCGAUCUAAGGACAAAGAGAAGAGCUUUUGACAUCAUCAUGUCAGUAAGGAGGCUUGAGGAGGAGCAGAAGAUUCUUGUUGCAGAGAUGGACCACCAUUGGAAAUCUCUCUCAGCUCGUUCUGAUACCCUCAGAGAGCUGUCCUGCUUAUUUUCAAAUUCGCAAUGUGAUCUAAGUGGAGAGGGUUUGAAAGGUCUGCACAGCAUCAUCCCGAAAGCGGCAUCAAAUCAGAGAAAUGAAGGUGCAAGCAAGAGACUGUUACCUCCAAGUUUUGUCUGGAGCAGAGAACAUCAGCUUUUUGGACAAUGCAUCAUCUGAUGAGUACGACAGUGAUGAUGACAUUUCUGAUGAUGGACUGUAAUCUACAAGACUGUAACACCUUUCAUACUUGGACAAUAGCCUUAACUAUGAAUAUAAAGCAUGUAAUAAAAUCUGCUAUUUAUCACCAUAUAAAUAAAACCAAAGUGUAACCUCUUCUUUCA